CCCCUACCGAGCUGGGCAAUUGAGUGACAGGAGAAUAUUCAACAGGGACUCCCUAGUGACAAGGUCGGUUUCAUUCACUAGUACCCGCAUGAGAUAGGCCAGCCGUAGCUCAGCCUUGCCAGCCAGCCAUCUCAGCCUCUCUCACUCCGUUGCAAUUAUGCACAGGAUUGUGCGCAAACACUAAAACGGGAGCCAGUCAUCCAUGUUUGUGGCGCUGUAUUGCAACUUUCCCCGCUCACGUAUGCAGAGUCCCGCUCUCUGCAUCCACAAUCCAUCUCUUUUGGCUCCCGUAGCCCUAUCGUGGGCAUGCUGGCUUCCAUGGUCGGUGCUCAGCCCUCUUCCCCACCACCCGGCUGCUGAUCUCCCAAGACAAACGCCUGUCGGCUGUCACCCUAAGAUGUGCAUGUUUCGUGCAACGUAGCAUUCGCUCGCUUGCGCGCAAGACAUUCACCAUUGUUUCGGUGCAGACGUGCAUGCAGAACGCCCGGUGACAGCUAUGUGUUGGACAUUGCAUGUAGUGGUGAGCUGGACUUGACGAGCGGCGCGACAGGGCUACAUUACACGAGUGAUGUGCGGCGAUGAGGAUGGAACUGCAUAAAAUGUGG